CAACGAACGAGAGACGGUGGAGGCUACCAGAAUGAAGACAGACAGGUUUCGGAAUAAACGUGGUACAGUUCAGCACAUUGUGGCCUUAGUUGGUGAUGACGUCAUCCUGCCUUGCACCCUGAGAAGCACUGUCAGUGCUGUGCAUCAGACAGUAGAGUGGCAGAGACCGGACCUAAAACCAAAAGAGGUCCAUCUUUACAGAGAUGAGAAGGAGGAUCUGGUGCUCCAGAAUCCAGUCUUCAGGGGAAGGACGUCACUGUUUAAAGAAGAACUAGAGAACGGCAACGCUAGUUUAAAGUUGACCAGAGUGAAACUGUCUGAUGCUGGAAACUACACCUGUUACAUUCCACUGCUGGACCACCAGAAAAGCAUCAUUCAACUCAUUGUUGGUGAGUCAACACACCUGCUGACCACCCAAACCCCCUUAGGAGACAGAUCUCAUGAAAUCAAGGGUGCUGCAUCUAGACCAGUUAUCAUCAUUGAGGGAAUCAAAGGCGAUGAGGUGGUCCUGCGGUGUGAGGCUGAAGACUGCUACCCAGAGCCUGUCAUGGAGUGGUGGGACGCUCAUGGACGUGUCCUCCCUGCUGCUGGACCUACAGAGACAUCCAGAGACCGUGAAGGCUGCUACACUGUGACAAGCCAUGUUAACGUCCCCAACUCUGACAACAACACCUUCACCUGUCGGGUUCAACAGUUGGACAUCAGACACAUGAAGGAGAGACAGAUUCACGUUCCAGGAACCGUUGACGUCAGUAAUGAAGAAGAACAAGGAGACGACGAAGAAUGA